AACUCCAUCUAACUGCCGCGGUGAACCAGACUCCAUUUAAAAAACUUUACAUUUUGAUUCCAACAUUUAAAACUUUGAAGACACGGUAGAAAAUUACUGCAAUAAAUAUUGUAAAUAUGGAGAAGCAGAUCGCUGAUUCGAUGACGGUUCAUAAUCUAUACAUAUUUGACCGGAAUGGGAGCUGCUUGUUUUAUAAUGAGUGGAACCGGAAGAAGCAGGCGGGGAUCUCUAAGGAUGAGGAGUUCAAGCUGAUGUACGGGAUGCUGUUCUCCAUUAGGUCUUUUGUCAGCAAGAUGUCUCCUCAGGACAUGAAGGACGGCUUCCUGUCCUUCCAGACCAGUAAGUACCGCCUCCAUUACUAUGAGACGGCCAGCGGCCUGAAGUUCGUCAUGAACACGGACCUGUCAGUGAGCAACGCCAGGGACACGCUGCAACACAUCUACAGCAACCUCUAUGUGGACCUGGUGGUGAAGAACCCUCUGGUUCCGUCCUGCCAGCCUCUGGACAGCGAGCUGUUCGGAACCAGACUGGACUCCUUCAUCCGCUCCCUGCCGUACUACAGCCCGCGGGCCGCCUGACCGGUUCUGGUUCUCCUGAUCCGCUUCUUUCUGUCCUUCAGAACCAGAAUCGGUCCAACGUCAGAACAGUCUGGAUCUGGACCAGAACACUGGAUGGAGCAGAACCGGGUCAGCAGAACCGGGUCGGGCUUGCUGUAUUUAUUGAGUUGUUCUGUGUUUAAUAAAGUGAAGUUGGACCGGU